AUGGCGCCUAUUUCGCUUCAGGAUCUGAUCAGCUCGCUGCCGGUUACCGACACAUGGGGACCACCGGUCACGAACGAGACCACGCUCGAUGGCGUUCCAUACCAGCCGUACUCGAAGGGCGACAAGCUGGGGCGCAUGGCCGACUGGACCGAGGGGAAGGAUCGGGAUAGGGGCGGCAGACAACAGUAUGGAGGUAGAAACUAUCGAGUAGACCAACAGGCAUACGGUGCAAACCAGACCAACAACCCCUUCGCCAUCCAGCUCGCCGAGGAAGAAGCCACAUUCUCUGUCGUCGAUAACACGCGCACAUCUGCUCGGACCCGCGGCUUCGGACGCGGCGGUGGGACUAUUUUCCGCGGUCGUGGCCAGCGUGGUGGUCAGACACAACGUGGUGGUCGAGGCACUUUCCAGCGCGUAGGCGGCGGGAGAGGAGGUCAGCAAGGCUACGACAACCGCGGUGGCCGUGGUGGGCGCGGCGGUAGGCGGUUCGGCUGGAGAGACGACAAGCCGCAACGCAACCGUGACGCCUCCGUCAAUGUCAAGCCAGACUGGCAGAUGCUUGAGGAGAUCGACUUCAACCGUCUGUCCAAGCUCAAUCUGGAGACCGGCGAUGGCGAAGAAAUCGACAGCUACGGCUUCCUCUACCAGUAUGACCGUGCGUAUGAUAAAAAUCCUGGCGCGAAGACAUCCGAGCGGAGGCUCAACGUUCUGGAGCGUGCCGCAUACAAUGUCACCACGUCAAGCGAUCCCAUUAUUCAAGAACUAGCGGAUAAGGACGAGGCUACCAUCUUUGCUACGGACAACAUUCUCUCCGUGCUGAUGUGUGCUACUAAAUCAGUGUACUCGUGGGAUCUGAUCUUUACCCGACGACGCAAUCAGGUCUUCAUCGACAAGCGUGAGGGAUCCAACAUCGACAUGGUGACCGUCAAUGAAAACGCGACAGAUGCACCGUUGGAGAUUUCUGAGGGCAACAAAGAUACCGUGAACAGCCCGCACGCCUUGAUGCUGGAAGCCACACAUAUCAACAACGUCUUCCCAUUGCAAGUUGUCAUUGAGGGCGAGAGCUCGAAGCGCGAGAUGGCCAACCCGCAUCCAUUCUACAACCCCGAAGAAGAGACGGACCCGCCCGCAUCCAAGGCCUACAGAUACCGCCGCUUCGAUCUGUCGCUGGAGAAGGACGAGGAGCCGCUGCACCUGAUUGUGCGGACAGAACUGGACGCGAUUGCCAGGAAUAAUAUCAAUGGCGAGGACCAGUUCAUGACCAUCAAGGCUUUGAAUGAGUUUGACAACAAGGCCCAAGGCAGCGGGGGUGCUCUGGAUUGGCGCUCGAAGCUGCAGAGUGGGCGAGGUGCGGUCUUGGCUACGGAGAUGAAGAACAACAGCUGCAAGCUCGCCCGAUGGACGACUCAGAGUAUGCUGGCCAAGGCUGAUGCGAUGAAGCUUGGUUUCGUCUCCCGUGCCAAUCCGCGCAGCAACAACGAUCACGUCAUCCUAGGUGUCCUCAGCAACAAGCCGCGCGACUUCGCCAACCAGAUGGCGCUCAAUCCGGCUAAUGGCUGGGGUAUUGUCCGCACGAUCGUCGACAUGUGUCUCAAGAUGCCAGAGGGCAAGUAUGUGCUAGUCAAGGAUCCGAACAAGCCAACCCUUCGGCUGUACCAGGUUCCUGAACACACCUUUGAGGAGGAAGUGGAGGAGACGCAGACGGUGCAGGAGGACGAAGACGAGGAAUAG